ACUCAAUCGAAAAGCAAUUCAAGGUGGCAAGUACCAGUCACAUCAAUCAUACACCUAGUCUACGAGUAACGGUCAUUACCUUUACCAUCAACAACAGUCAAAAUGCGAUCAAAGUUUAAGGAUGAGCACUCUUUCGAAAAACGAAAAGCAGAAGCUGAACGAAUUCGUCAAAAGUAUCCAGAUCGUAUCCCGGUAAUUUGUGAAAAAGCUGAUAGGACGGAUAUCCCUUUGAUCGAUAAAAAGAAAUAUUUGGUUCCUUCAGAUCUUACCGUUGGUCAAUUCGUUUAUGUUAUCAGAAAGAGAAUCAAGCUUGCACCCGAAAAGGCAAUCUUUAUCUUUGUUGAUGAAGUUUUGCCUGCAACAGCAGCAUUGAUGUCAGCCGUAUAUGAGGAACAUCGUGAUGAAGAUGGCUUCCUCUACGUGAGCUAUUCAGGAGAAAACACCUUCGAUUAUCGAUUUGCAAUAUUACAGCUAAUGUACUAUUAA